AUGGUAAAGACAUUUCAACAAUAUUUGCCAGAGACUAAUCGAACGUAUUCGUGCGUGCAUUGUAGAGCUCAUUUAGCGUCGCACGAUGAGUUGAUCUCCAAAUCCUUUCAAGGAAGCCAGGGGCGUGCUUACUUAUUCAAUUCUGUAGUUAAUGUGGCUUGUGGGCAAGCUGAGGAACGAGUACUUUUGACAGGCCUGCACGCUGUAGCUGACAUUUAUUGUGAGUGUUGUAAGACACCUUUAGGCUGGAAAUAUGAACAUGCAUUCGAGUCGAGUCAGAAAUACAAAGAAGGCAAAUACAUAAUCGAAUUGGCACACAUGAUCAAAGAAAACAAAUGGGAUUGA